AUGUCAACGAUUCUUGAGCUAUCUCACCGGUUAGACGAAGCCUUAAAUUCCAAUCCGACGGUCUCCAGUGCUAAUCCGGUUCCAGGUUGGCUUUCGGUGCUAGGGUGGCAAGCUGCUUUUGCUAGUAUUUGCUACCUUUGCGGUACUCUGAUUCAAGGACUACUAGUCUUCAACUACUCGGAUCCCUCCGGUUGGAUGUAUGGCUUUGAGCGCUGGCAUGGGACGCUGCUAACCAUCGCUAUCGCCGCCGUCGGAACUGUGGUGAAUACCUGGGGCUAUAAGAUUCUCCCUCCCCUGGAAGGCCUUAUCCUAGCCCUUCACCUCUUCGGCUUCGUGGUUGUCGUUGUCCUGAUGUGGGCUAUGUCUCCGGGAAAGGCCUCUGGGGAUUCUGUCUGGAAGGAGUUCACAAACUCUGGUGAAUGGCCGAGCAUGGGCCUCGCGUGUCUGGUUGGCCAGCUGACUCCGAUUUUUUCCUGGACAGGCCCGGAUGCUGCUACGCAUAUGUCUGAGGAGGUCCAGAAUGCUGCCUUGGUGGUCCCCUGGUGUAUGGUUUCGACCGCUUUGAUCAACGGCGGUCUCGGUUUCAUUAUGCUAAUCACCCUGCUGUAUAAGAUGGGAGACAUACAGGAUGUGCUCGCCCCGGCGAGUGGAUUCUCUUUUCUCCCGGCAGUUAAUCACGCCACCGGCUCCGUAGCUGCCACCAAUGCUGUGGCUGCUAUCAUUCUUGUGAUGGAAGUCUGCAGCGCUAUCGGAAUUCUUGCGACAGUCUCUCGCCAGACCUUUGCUUUCGCCCGUGAUGAUGCCUUGCCAUUCUCUAAGCAACUGGCUCACGUUAACCGACGCACCCAAAUCCCCAUCUGUUCUGUGUUGGUAUCGACUAUUAUUACCGUACUGCUGAGCUUGAUCAACAUCGGAUCUACUGCGGCUUUCAAUGCUGUCGCGUCUGUGAUGAUCGCUGCGCUUUUCACCACUUACAUUUUGCCGAUUGCCGCCAUCAUUCGGGUCCGUUUUCAACCAGGUGGUAUUCCCCCUUCGCGCUUUUCACUCGGUAUCUUCGGCUUGCCGGUCAAUGUCUUCUCAUUGGCUUGGCUUUGCUUUGCCAUCAUUUUCACCUUCUUCCCAACUGCCAAUAACCCGACCCUGGUGGAUAUGAAUUGGUCUAUCCUUGUCUUCGGAGCCGUGGUCAUUUUUGCCAUUGCUUUGUACAUUGUGCACGGCCGCCGAGUAUAUCGUUCACCUGUGACCCAAGUGCGCAAGUUUGAAUAA